CAUAGGUCUGAACAGUGAACGCAAUGGUGAAACUCGGGCGCCGUCCGGCAUGGAAAUGUCACACAAACAUCGGUGUUUUAGAAACAACGCCUAAAGGAGACGUACUCACAGCCUCACCGUACGUUUCCCCUCAAACGAAUUUAGUUGUGAUGUUUUGGGAAUAGGAUCGGCAAACAGAAAGAGUGGACUGCAUCACAAGACUAGAAAAGAGACUCAACGAUGAGGCUCAGUCGCCACAACCUCAACACUUGAGCUCAUCAUCAUGCAAGACGAAAACAGCAUGACCAGCUCUGGAGUUGAAGCUGAGAUGGAGGAGCAAUAUUCAGAAGAUGAAAACUACAAACUGGUUUCACCCUGUGUGAGCUCACAGAUAGGAGAUGGCAGCCCUGCAAAGGAGCAAAGCCAUGACCAGAAAGCAAUGGAGAAGGAGUCCCCAGAGAGCCCUUCAGCAAUAAAAAGAUGGGAGUUUGGCCCACUUCUGCAGUCAUUCAAAUCCAAAAUGGCUAGCUUUACCGAGAUUGUCAUGAGCCCUGUUCGGCUUUUCAAGCCCAGUGAGACUCUAUCCUUAAUCGCACUUCCUGAUCAGCGUGAACAGCUGAUAGAGUCAAAUGUUGAAAAUUCAACCCAGACUGAAGAGGCCGAGACUGAUAAAUGCAGAAAUGGAUUGUUUCCAAAAAGGCCUUCUGCAGAAAAGGUGCAGUGCAACACUGCUGCAAAACGCCACAGAGUUGCACAGAGACUGAAUUUUUGCAACAACCACGAACCAGUAUUGGAUCACAUUGAAAAGCACAACGAGCUUUCACCAAAUGAAGAAAAUCAGAUAGACCGUCCUUCAAGCCAGUCACAAGACGUCCUUCAGGAUGGGACACGUGAUCCCAGUCCUUGUAAAGCACACAGCCCUUUCCUCAGGACUAGACCAAAUCUGUCCACAGACAAACAUUUAAAUUCUGCAAGUGCCAUGUGUGUCACUAGUCAAGCCAUUGUUCAGACAGAUGCACUGGUUGUCUUGCAUCGUCUGUCAGGUGAGAGACAGACCCGUCGCAGCGGCACAGCCUGUGGACAUGAACAUGAGUCCUACUUUUCAGAAUCAAACAUGUUGAAACCUGAGUCUGACAGUAGCACAAUCAAAACUUGUGCGAACAAGCCUAAUCUUGGAUUCCCCUCUUUAAGCACAGCAUCUGAUUUUGAUGUUAUAGAUAAAGGCACAAGCACAGCUUGCAGCGAAGAAUCCUUGUCACGUAUGGCCAUCAGGAAAAGCCCUAGAAAGAAAUAUUUGUCAGGGUCGUCUGGACUGGCUACUUUUGUGACCAGAUCAAAGACUCUGGAUGUGGAGAUGAAGGAAUCACCAUAUGAAAACCGUAUAGAGUGGACGCAGCACUCAGCUGAACUGUCAGACCCUCCAAAGACUUGUGUCAGGGAAGUGAGGCCAAAGAGAUGCAGAGAUACUCCUCAGUCAAAGAUAGACUUGCAGGCAAGAGGAAAAUGUGAUUUGCAGAUUGCUAAAGAGGGAAGACCUGUAAGGAAUAAAAAUGUCAAAAACAAUAUCGUGACUCUGGAAAUAAACCAGGUGGAAGAAACAUUUGUUCAGGUUAGGAAAAAGAGGAAAGGGGUUUCUACAAUGCAACCACUCCAAGAUUCAAAUGUGCAUGUCAGUACUAAUGCUGCACAUGUUGCGAUGAGAAAUUCUGUUGAGGCCUCAGAUAAAAUGGGACAGGACAAGACAAUGAGAAGUCGGUUGAGAAAAAAUGUUAAAUAUAGGACCUCUUGCAAUGAAGAUACAACAUCCUCUCAAAACGACACACAGAAUGUCCUGAUUGACAAAACAAUGAACGGUCAAUCUCUUGGGUUUCAGCCUCUGUCCACUGAAACUCGAAAAACAAGACGGCAUCUUAAAACUACAGGUGAUGCGUUGCGGAGGAAAAGCAUUCGUUCACCCAAGCACAAGUUUGAGGACUACAGCGUGACUUCAGUGGUUGAUCCAGCAGGACCAAGUCAACCUUCAAAACGAACACUACUGCACAGCAAACAGUCUGUUAUUGUGGCUGAGGAGCAGGAGAUGUGUAUUUCUGGACUGAAAUCAGAAGAAGAAAUACAGGAGCUUACAUCACCUGGUGCAACAGCUCCAUUGCAUUCAGAAAGAAAACUAAGCAGACACACAAAGAAUGUAAUCCGGCCAAGAAGAGAAGAUGUUUCCGUUGCAAAAAGGAAAGGUGCUCCUGGAGGUAACAAUGAAGCGGAGAGCCAAGAACAGGCAAAGGAAGCAGUUCCAGUUGUAUCGUUGUCAGGUAGCGGUCGCAACCGCCUCCUGCGCAGCUACUCCUGCCCUGAAAUCCCGUCCCUAGUAUUCAGUGACUGUCAUUUACCCUGGUCCCACACGCAUGACAACAGCACUACCUCACCCAGCAGAAAGAGCUCACCCGCUCCGCUCCCCAUGCACCUUCACUCUCCGUCCAAGCGCACUCGCCGGCACACCGUCUGCAGUGUGGAGAUCGAGCGCGAAAUCGCCCCUUUGUGUCUCCGUAAGGAGGUGUACCCUACUAGUCGGGGUAGCCCUUUGUGCCCCUCUUCCCCUUAUUCUCCCUCCACCUCCCUCACAGCCCUUGCCUCGUGUUUUUUGUCCAGUCCUUUGGCGUUCUUGUCUAAAAGCUCAAGCCAAGGGCGUAGUCAUGCUGGCGACACCAACACUGGCAGUGUUUCAGCUGCCUCCAGUUUUGUCGCAGCAUCAUCAUCACCGUCCUCAUUCAGUCCCCUUUUUACUUCCACCCUCACGUCCUGUCAUCCUUUAUCCGGCCCUUCCUCUGUCACUCCAAGCCCUGAGACACCCUCCGCCUCUGUGUCAUCACUCUGCAGUGCGUUUUCACAAAGUUCUUUGGAAGGAGACAGUCGGGUGCUUCAGAUGGAGUGCGAGGAGUCGAUAGAUGAAGAGAGAUCCAACUUUGACCUUAAACUGUCUGCGGCCAUCUCAGAGGAGAAAGCAUUGUCAGACUCUGAAAUCAAGACUGAGGUCAAGGAUGGUCAGCGAGGAAAGGUGUCCUCUAUUCGUAUCCGUAAAAAGAUUCCGAAGCCUCAAAAUAAUCUUACCCCUAUGGGCCUUCCUAAAGUCAUCAGAAUAAAAAAGAAAGAUUUCAGUUUGGAGGAAAUCUACACCAACAAAAACUUCAGCAAACCUCCUGAUGGACGUUUGGAAACCAUAUUUGAGGUGCCUCUUAACCGGCGUGACGGAUCUCAGGCAGUCGUGGGCCAAAAAAAGGUGAAACGCUUUGUGGAAUUCCCUGAACUGGGUGUUGCCAGGAAGCCCAAGAAACCUCUGGUGGGUGUAACGGCAGGAGGUGGAGCCCAGAGGAACGCCGGGAUCUGUAGAACCAGACGAGGUGUCGGGGUCUCUUCCAAAGUGGAGGAUAGCCUCACCUUGCAGCAGCUUGAGUCUCUCCUUUGCUCCAAGCUUGAGGAGUUAGACACCUGGAUGGCACUUCAGCAGGUUGCGGGCUGAGGCCGAGGUCUUGAUUGUUCAGCACCAAACAAUGGGCUUUGUGUUUAUUCUGUUAAAAUUUACUGUAAAUUCAUCAAAGCAACAAUAAAUAGACUUGCAAAGCUGUACAUUCUUUUUGAUUGCUAAUGUACUGUAAAGAUCUUAAAAGUACAUAACAUUCUUUAUAUAUUUUGCAAGGUAAUGCUGUUUAUUUUGUAGAUUGGUCUGAUGUAACAAGAAACAACUCCGUUCCGUUUUGUAUAACCAUUCGAAGAAAGCACUUGUUUACAUCAAUUUGUGGUAUAUAUGUUUAAAAUAUCUCUCAUUUCUGCUCACCACAUGUCUGUAUCAGAACGUGUCUCACUCAUAAACCAUUCCUGUCUUCUUUAAAACGUUUAAUCUUCUUUGGUUCAAAUGAAUGCCUUAUUAAUACACUCAGGAUGGCCUGUGUAUUUCUUUCUAAAGGAGACGGUACAACGGCCUUUGUAGUGACAGCGUUGAAUACAGUGAGUUACCAGUGAGACAAAAGUUUGCAUUGUUCACUUUUAAAUCACGCUUUAUGCUUCUUAUCUAGAAGCAUAAAUGAUUAAAAGGUUUUGAUGCAUUCUCUGCUUUUACUCAGGUGCUCUAAAUAUAGUCCAUUCACUUAUUUCAGGCUUUUGUUCAUCUUUGAUGUAGUGAUUUAUAAUACUGCUUGUGGUGUUUGAACACGUUGAAUGGAUUGUGUGUAAACUUGUUUGAUAUGUAUAGACGUCUGCGUUCGGUAUUUUUAAUAGAAUACGAUUGAACUGUUUUGUAUUUUGUCAAGUUGUUUGUAAGAUGUUCACAGGUGCAUUUUGACUGUUACGCAUUUUAUUACAAAGUCUGAAAUACAUGCAGUGUACAAAACAUCAAAAGCACAAGGUAUUGAAACAGUACAAGUUAUUUACAAGAACACAAUAUUAAUAAUGUAACCACAUCCAUAUCUCAACAUUGGAAUGUCCUGCUCUCUGUGAGUGUCUCAAUGUUUCAUCUCCAAUUUGCAUUAAGAGAAUAAAUAAAAUCAGCUUGCUGAAGUGUAAAAGUA